AAGUAAACAUACUAUAAGCUGUGUGGCGAACAGUAACGAACGAACCCAAAAAAUAAAACGCAUCAAAGGCGGUGACAAAUGAACGAAUCAGUUUCGCAAUCGCAGCUAGAUAGAGAGAUGCCUUGCCUUAUGCACUUUUAUUAAUCGCAAACUCAUAAAAGCUUAGUCCUAAAAGCGCUUCUCUGAAUAAUCAAUUUCUCUUUCGCUUUCGCUUUUGCUUUUCCGCUUAGGGCUCUCCAACUCGCUCCUUUCACUCAGAUUUCUCUCUCACUUCUCAGGUUGUUGAUUAUUUGCAAGGAAACACUCUUCAAAUUGUUCUGACGACUCUGAGUACAAAGGAAGAUUGUUUUUUGCAACGGAUGACUUUUGGCUUGACCAUUUGAAAUUCAUCAAUGUCGGGGUUUCUUAAUUCUUCUCUGAACGGAUCUGCUUCCAAUCUUCAAGAUAGUGCUGGACGGUCUUUUGCCACAUCUUUCUCUAGUCAGUCUGGUGCAGCUUCCCCAAUUUUUCAUCACACUGGAGCUAUUCAAGGGUUGCACAAUAUUCAUGGGAGCUUUAAUGUUCCCAACAUGCCUGGUACUCUCACACCAAGAAACUCCACAAUAAACAAUAUUCCAUCUGGGGGUGUUCAACAACAAGCAGGAAACCUUUCUAGUGGAAGAUUUGCAUCCAACAAUCUCCCUGUCGCAUUAUCACAGCUAUCCCAUGGAAGUUCCCAUGGACAUUCAGGAGUCACCAAUAGAGGAGGUACAAGCGUUGUAGGAAACCCUGGAUUUAAUAGUGGCACAAAUGGAGUUGGUGGUUCCAUUCCUGGGUUUCCUGCAUCUAUUGGUAAUCGAAAUGCUGUUCCAGGAUUGGGAGUAUCCCCAAUUUUGGGAAAUGCAGGUUCUCGAAUCACUAGCUCUGUGGGAAACAUGAUUGGAGGGGGGAAUAUUGGAAGGACUGGUGGAGGAUUGUCUGUGCCUGGUCUUGGUUCUCGUCUAAAUUUUGGUGGAAACAGUGGAUCAGGUGCUUUAGGCAUGCAAGGACAGAAUCGAUUGAUGAGUAGUGUACUUCCACAAGGAUCUCCUCAGGGGAUUUCAAUGCAAGGGAAUUCUUAUCCUAGUGCUGGAGGCGCACUUUCCCAAAGCCAUAUUCAUGCCGUAAAUAACAUGAACACUAUGAGGAUGUUCAAUGAUGUAAAUUCCAAUGAUAGUUCACCUUUUGAUCUCAAUGACUUCCCUCAACUGUCAAGUCGUCCUAGUUCUGCUGGAGGAUCUCAAGGGCAGUUGGGUUCUUUACGGAAUCAGGGUCUUGGCAUUAGUCCCAUUGGUCAACAGAACCAUGAGUUUAGUAUUCAAAAUGAAGAUUUCCCUGCAUUGCCGGGAUUCAAAGGUGGUAAUGCAGAUUAUGAUAUGGAUAUGCACCAGAAAGAGCAACUUCAUGACAAUGCUUCAUCAAUGAUGCAAUCUCAGCAUUUCUCUCAGAUGGGGAGGUCUGCUGGUUUCAGCUUGGGGGGGACAUAUUCAUCCCAUCGUACCCAACCGCAACAACACAAUCCUUCAGUCAGCAGUGGCGGUGUCUCGUUCUCAUCUGUAAAUAACCAGGAUCUUCUCCAUCAACAUGGAUCGGAUAUUUUUCCAUCUCAUUCUGCCUAUCAGUCACAGACCAGCGGACCUCCUGGCAUUGGAUUAAGGCCUUCAAAUUCUCCAAAUGCAGUUUCUGGUAUGGGUUCAUAUGACCCGCUCAUCCAGCAAUAUCAACAGCAAAAGAACCAAUCCCAGUUUCGUCUUCAAAUGCCAUCUCUAAAUCAGUCUUUUAGGGAUCAGAGCAUGAAGUCUAUGCAAGCUGCACAAUCUACACCAGAUCCAUAUGGUUUGCUUGGCCUGUUAAGUGUAAUCAGGAUGAAUGAUCUUGACCUGGCAUCUCUUGCUCUUGGAAUUGAUCUUACAACCCUUGGCUUAAAUUUGAAUUCAUCAGAAAAUCUUCACAAGACUUUUAAGUCUCCAUGGUCAGAAGAAUCAGCUAAGGGUGAUCCAGAGUUUAAUGUGCCACAAUGUUAUUUCACUGAACAACCACCUGCUCUUCACCAAGGUUAUUUUUCAAAGUUUUCGGUGGAAACAUUGUUUUACAUAUUUUACAGCAUGCCCAAAGACAAAGCACAAUUAUAUGCUGCAAACGAGCUUAACAACAGAGGUUGGUGGUACCACAAAGAGUAUCGAUUGUGGUUUAAGAGAGCACCCAACAUGGAGCUGCUGGUGCAAACAAGCACAUACGAAAGAGGAACUUUUCACUGUUUUGAUCCAAGCUCAUUUGAAACGGUCCGCAAGGAUAAUGUUGUUCUUUCGUAUGAUAUGCUGGAAAAUAGACAUCUUCUACCUCAACAUUAAGGGGAAUUCAAAUCCUUUAUUGUAAAGUGUCGAUUAUGGAUUUAAUUCCUCAGAAUGUCAUAGCAAUAGUGUUCUCCAUCAAUUUGGUGUCAAUUACAUUUUUGCAUUAGUGUUUCAGUCUAGUGUAUUUUCUUUCCCCAGCCCCAAUACAAACAAACAGCAAGUAAGAUAGGUAGGCGGUAGAAUAACCUAGCUGUCUGACAGAUGAUUUUGUUGUCCCUUGUUAAAUGUACAUACAAAAACACCUGAAUCAAAAAUUGGAUGUAGUUUCUGGGUGUUAUUCUCUGCGUACUUGAAAUAAAUCAUAAUCUUUUAGGACUGCUUCA